AUGUAUACACACGGGGCCUGUGAGAACGGGCUUGGAGAUGACGAAGCUCAGGCAGUGCUCGAGCUGAUCAAUGAAGCACGUUCAAGUCUGGCCAAAGGAGAACUCGAGGGAAACGGAGAUUAUUUCACGGCAGCUAAGAACAUGAACAAACUGGCUUGGAGCUGCGAACUUGAGUCACAUGCAGCGAAACUGAUUGGCUUUUGCGAUAUGCCGCUUCCUUCUGAAAUCCCAGUUAUCGCAGAUGGUCUCGGCUGGAGUCACGUGUGGGAAGAUCACGAACCGGGAAACCCUGCUAUAGAAAUCGUGGACAUGGUUCAGUCGAUACUCAAUCUUAAAAUAAUUACGGAUCCUAGGGGUCUGAGCAAUUACUCAGACAAUGGUGCACCAUCCUUUCCUAACUUGAUGCAAGCGGCAGCUACGAAAUUGGGCUGCACAAUCCAGCAUUGUCCAUCAUUAUAUGAUUACUAUGAUGAGUCUGUCAGUGUAUUAUGUCUAACGGACCGAACAUUGACGGACGGCUCUGAAGUUUAUACAGAAGGGAGUGCUGAUGACUGCGAAUGCUCAGGAGAUCGUGUGUGUAAUCCUGUCACUAUGAUAUGUGAGGUGCCUACCGCGACUUUUACUACAAGCACUAUAAUCACCACUACACCCACUACGACCUCUACGACUAUGGCUAUAAAACCUUCUAGUAACGCAGUGUCACCUUUCUCUACAAGAGAAGCACAAUCUAAUAUAAGUCUACAGUCCACUAGUCCACAAUCCUCUACAAGUUGGCCAUUUACUACUGCAUCUACAAAAAGUAUAAAAUCAACAAGACAAUGCGUCACAAGGCCACGUUGUGUCCCUGCAAAGUCAAGGAAAGCGAGAGCUGCAAAUUUUGGAGAGACAUUUUCUGGAAAACUAAAAAGGCACAUGUCACAGAAGAUGAUGAAAAAGAUAGACACCGUUGAAGAUCAGUUUACCGCUGAGCCGCAGAAUGACACUACAAGCGAAGUAUCAGUUCAAGAUGAUAUUUGCACUGGAAAAAAGUUAUUGAGCAUUACAACAGCUGUUGAAUUCGUCGAUGUCCUAAAGAAAAACGAAAAUCUGUGGUUGUUAGUGCUUUCGUGGUCAUAUAAAAGUGAAAGAGUGAAAGCCAUUACAGGAAGAUCCAACAUCGUUUGCAAAAUUGAAGGAUAA